AUGGAUGGGUUCGACGAGGAAGCGUUCAAGAAGUUCUUUCCAACGAGCUUUGGAAAGCAGGAGAAGAAAACGGAUGUCAGCGCCCAAAUCGACCAGACGAAACGUGCCACCAAGCCGGACGCCAGCGAUGAGAAGGCAAAGUCGAUCACAGACGGCGGUGUUGGUGCCGAUGCGAAGUCUGAUAGCGAUGAGGAUGAUGUAGGGCCUGCAGCUCCGGGAGACAGGGGUAGCGACAGAUCAGACGAUUCAGACGAUUCCGACUCCGAUUCCGACGACGAGGACGAGUUCCCGGUAUCGCACGAGCUUGUCAUGAAAACGCAUGAGCGCGCAGUUACCACCAUUACCGUUGACCCGGCAGGAUCCCGAUUAAUAUCCGGUUCCACAGACUGUACAUUAAAACUUCACGAUUUUGCCUCCAUGACUCCUUCAACAAUCCGCUCCUUCAAGUCCGUCGACCCCUCCGCAAAGAAGCAGUCGGCAGCACAAGAAACGCAUGCCGUGCAUUAUGCAGCUUUCAACCCCAUUUCCCCGGCCUACGUUCUGGUCGUCUCUGCUACGCCACAACCGAGGAUAUUGAAUCGCGAUGGUGACAGUGUCACCGAGUUUGUGAAGGGUGAUAUGUACCUGAGGGACAUGCAUAACACCAAGGGACACGUAUCGGAGGUGACGAGCGGUGUAUGGUCUCCAACUGAUGAGAAUCUGUGCGCGACCGCAGGAACGGAUAGCACAGUGCGGAUAUGGGAUGCCAAUGUUGGAAGGUCGCAGAAGGAGGUGAUCAUGCACAAGUCUAGGGCUGCUGGAUCCGCUGGUCGGAGCAAAAUGACUGCAGUCGCUUGGGGUUCACCUAAACAGGGUGGUGCGGAUGUCCUUGUUGCGGCUGCCCUGGACGGAAGCUUGAUGAUGUGGAGUGGGAAUGGACCUUAUACACGACCAAGCGCUGAGGUCAGGAAUGCCCAUACCAAGGAUACCUGGACCAGUGGAAUCGAUAUCAGUUCCGAUGGGAGACUCGUCAUUACCAAGGGCGGAGACGACACCAUCAAAUUGUGGGAUACGAGGAAGUUCAAACAGCCAAUUACGACUGUUGCCCACCCAUCCAGCUCUUCCCGAUUCCCGACUUCAAACAUCAUCUUCUCUCCUACCUCAGCGAGUGUUGUAACUGGCUCAGAGACCGGCCACUUACACAUCUUGAAUCCCGCUACACUGAGGCCUGAACUAGUUACACCAGUUACGCCUGGAUCCCCGUUGAUCACGGUUCAAUGGCAUGAGAAGUUGAAUCAAAUCCUCACCGGUUCCGCAAAUGCGGAAACGCACGUUUUAUAUAACCCGAACAUGUCUAGCAAGGGUGCCGCCCUGGUUAUGUCCAAGGCACCCAAGCGCCGCCACAUCGACGAUGACCCAGCCCUUACCAUGAAUCUCGCACAGGGUAUUUCGGGAGAUUCGGUGGUUGUCGGAUCGAACGGCGUUCCACAUUAUAGCUCUGCUACUUGGUCUGCACGGCACCCUACGAUUGGAUUAACGGCUUCGGGCCGAUCAAGAGACCCCCGACGGCCUCACCUGCCGGUGCAAACCCCGUUCGCAAAAUCGCAACCAGACGAAAAACAUAUUCGGGAAAAUAUCCCGCUUAGCUCUAUGCGUGAUGAAGAUCCCCGGGAGGCGCUGCUAAAAUACGCUGAAAAAGCCAAAAAGGACCCGAUCUUCACCAAGGCAUGGGAGGAAACGCAGCCUACACCAAUUUAUCGCGAUCUCAGUGAUGAUGAAGAACCGGAGCCGGAUAGGAAGAAGGCGCGGCAUUGA